CCCCUAUGAGGUCUGGAUGAUCGGAACAAUUGAGAUCAGCAAUUCAAGAUAAUGCAUCUUACAACAAUAUGAUGUCAGUAUUUAAGACGUAUGACGUGGUAUAGGCAGUCAAUAGUCUCGUGGAAAGCACAAUAAAGAAAUUUCAGAAUACAACGUAAGUAUGGAGACAGAUAUAAAAUGGGAUGAUUUGACAAAAGAUCAAAGAAAUAUACUGAUGUGGCCAGAUUUACUUACAUGGAAUGAGCCUGUUGAACAUGUUAUAAAAAGAAAUACUCCAGACAGCAAACUGGGCCUAAAGUUUCAUUCACUUGAGGAUAAAUUGACAAACACGUGGUACCACAUUGUCAGCCAUGUCGAAAAAAACAACUCUGCUGCAAAGGCCAAUAUAAUGCCUUACCUUUGGAUCACAAAUGUGGGCGACCAAGACACACGAAAUCUUGAACACAACGAGCUCGCUGAGUUAUUCAACAAUAAGGAGAUGACGUUUAGGGUAUAUACCAAAAAACCAGAUGAUCCUUUGACAUGUUUUGAAUCAGAGUGGCCAGAUGAUUCAAAAAGUACAGUGGUUACCUUCAAAAUAAAAAAACCGAAAGAAUUCAUAGAAAAACUUAACCUUGGUCAUUUCUAUUCAAGGGAAGGGAUUGCGAAGAGAAGGAUCACAUUCUCAUCUGGAAAGUUGGUCAAUUUUCCUCUGAAGAAAGCACAGAACUCUUGAAAAGAGGAGAUAGACUAUUGGAGGUCAAUGGCAAGGCUGUGGAAAGUAAGAAAUUAAAGGAUAUUUACAAGAUGUUUUCUAAAGCUUUUCCUGGCAAAGUUGAUGCAAAAAUCAUCAAGAUUCGACAUGGGAUUUCAUCAAAUGAAACUACGAUAGGCAAUAAAACCAAUGUUUGUACCGGCAACGUAGAAUUAAACAAUUUUAUCAAACCCGUGAAAGAAACUAUUGGACAAGAUGGACAAGUAAGAAAUGAACAAAAAUUUGAUGGCUCAGAAAAAGUUUUUGCAACUUCUAAUAUAAAAAGAAUCAAAAAAUUUAUAAAUAUGGAGAGCAAAAGUAAUGAAGGUUACACAAAUACUCCAAAAUCGGAACGUAAAUUAUUAGCAGGUGCCUCUGCCAGUGAAAAUUUGGAAAGCACUUCACAGCUUGACGUUACUGGAGAAAAUCCUCCAAAAUACAGAGAUAUGUUGGAAAUUCAGGAUAUGGAUUACACUACAGCAAACGAAAUAUAUAGGCAUCUGGACCAUGAAGGUAUGAGUUCGGAAGAUCUGGUGAGUGCUUUUGACCACUUUACUCAUUUUGAAGGGGCUGAUAUGCGAAAGUCAUGCAAACCAAAUGGUGGAAAGGGCCUGGCAGAAAUGGUCAUCACUAGAUGGGCUAACGACCCACAUAGCAAUCAUAAUAUUAAGGCCUUGAAAACGAUCGUUGAGAAUAGGCUCAAAAGAAAAGAUGUUCUCGAAUUGAUAGAAAUUUGGGAGGAGAAAUUUCCUUGCAGAGUAAACGGGAGGCAAGAAGAAGCAUUAGACAUCAAUUGAAUGCACAACAACAAUGAUAUACAUUCGCAAUUAACAUUGAAAUGAACGUUUAUUUAUAAGGUGACAAGCAAUUUUGACUGUUGUACUCAUGCCGUUAAUUGCUGUCAUAACAUAUAUGAUUUGUUAGAUUACCAUACAUAUUCGAAACACCAGCUUUCAAAGGUUUUGUUAAACUUUAGUAAUAUUUUAGUUUUUAAUCACAUGAAAACUAGUUCACAGGAUUCUGCUGUGAGUCAUAAGAAAAAUGUAGCCGUAUUGUUUUCAAGCAA